GGGUGCCGGGAUUGGCUUACCUCCUCUGUGCUGGGAGCAGUGCUAUGGUGGGCCAGGAGUCUCCUCCUCCUGGGAGCUGGGAUUGGUUCACCUCCUCUGUGCUGGGAGCGGUGCUAUGGCGGCCCCACAGCCUCCUCAGGUCAUACUUCAAGAAGACAACAGGAAAGAACACAUUUUCUUCUUGCCACAGAAGUUGCAAUAGAAAUCUGAAAAAAAUAUACAUGACUUUGGUUGCAUCUGAAGGUUUAAAUGCACCAAUGAGUAUUCUUAUCAUUGAGGCAUUCUAUGGAGGCUCCCAUAAACAGCUGGUAGAUCUGCUCCAAGAAGAGUUACAAGACUGUGUCCUUUAUACUCUUCCUGCAAAAAAAUGGCACUGGAGAGCCCGGACAGCGGCUUUGUAUUUCUCUCAGAAUGUUCCCAUCAGUGAGGAUUACAGGAUUCUUUUUGCAAGCUCAGUGCUUAACCUGACCGAACUGGCUGCCCUUCGGCCUGACCUUGGGAAAUUGAAAAAGAUUCUGUACUUUCACGAAAACCAAUUGGUGUAUCCUGUCAAGAAAUGUCAGGAGAGGGAUUUUCAAUAUGGAUAUAACCAAAUUCUUUCAUGCUUAGUGGCUGACGUGAUUGUAUUCAACUCAGUUUUUAAUAUGGAGUCAUUUCUCACUUCUGUUGGAAAAUUUAUGAAGCUGAUUCCUGAUCACAGACCCAAGGAUCUGGAAAGCAUCAUCAGACCCAAGUGCCAAGUUAUUUACUUUCCCAUCAGGUUUCCUGAUGUGAGCAGAUUCAUGCCCAAGCACAAAAUAACCCAUUUAAAGAAGAUGCUCAGCCUUAAAGGAAAUGGCAGUGCUGCUCUCUCCAUGGCCCUUCUUUCACAGCCGGAACAGAGAAACCCUGAGAAUUUAUUGGAGAAUUUUAAUUCAGUGGACAAUGUAUACUCUGAGCUUCAUACUGCACAGGAAAACCUGGAUAACUCAUCAAUGCAAGAGUCGGACUCAAAACAUUCAAAUUCAUCAGAUAAUUCAAGAUCUCAUCAUGGAGAAAAUACACAUCUGACUCUUAAUUCCUUUGACAGUUUGGGUGGAGUUGAUGAUCAGCAAAGACCGUUGCACAUUGUCUGGCCUCACAGGUGGGAGCAUGACAAAGAUCCAGAGAGUUUUUUUAAGGUAUUAAUACAUCUAAAGAACUUGGGACUCAUUUUCCACGUCUCUGUCCUUGGAGAAACUUUUACAGAUGUCCCAGAUGUAUUUUCAGAGGCCAAAAAGGCAUUGGGAUCUUCGGUCUUACACUGGGGCUACUUACCCUGCAAAGAUGACUAUUUCCAAGUACUGUGCAUGGCUGAUGUUGUCAUCUCAACAGCUAAGCAUGAAUUCUUUGGAGUGGCAAUGUUGGAAGCUGUGUAUUGUGGUUGUUAUCCACUUUGUCCCAAAGAUUUGGUUUAUCCCGAAAUAUUCCCAGCUGAAUAUCUGUAUUCUACACCUGAACAGCUUUCAAAAAAGCUCCAGAAUUUCUGCAAGAGACCAGAUAUUGUAAGAAAACAUCUCUAUAAGGGACAAGGUGGAAAUCGUUUUGAGAUCCUGAUUAAUUAAAAGGAAAGAAAUCAAAGCAGGCAACUCUCCGUUUUCAAUUGAAUCAAAGAGUCAUGGAGGGGAACGUGGUCUGGUUCUUGCAGCUAUGUUCCGUGGCUUUCAGUUGGCUCGGCUUCUCCUCCACCCGCCUUUCUAAUGCUGUGAUACCAGGCCAAUAAAAUGGAAUCUGCAAAAUUGCAAAACAAAGUGUGUGUAUGUGUGUGUUUGUAUUUUACUGAAGAUAAUAAAUUGCAACAAUUUUGAAACUUAAAAAUGUAUGAGUAAUGCAGUUUUAAAGAAGCAAAAUGUGCUGGAGCAGAGUAUUUAUAGUCUCUUUUGUUAGAGGUUCUCCGGACCUCUGGGUGCAUCAGCAAACUGUCCUCCUACACGAAGGAGCUUGCAGCUGCGAUUUGGCCCCGGGCACCACUACCCAGAGUCACUGCCUAAUGCAUUUUACAUUUACACCCAUUAUAAGGGAGAAGGGGGUGAGGAGGGGUCUCCCCACCUCUACACACCCUCAGCGAUCUGUUUCCUUUUGUCGUGGCCAUAGCUGACACGUGGAAAACGUGGUGUUCGGUUUUGUUUGCCUUUAAUCUGUAAUUAAGGAUCCCUUGUCUGGGACUUGCUACCUCUUUUCUCCUUCCCUCCCGCUCCUCGGUCUUCCGCCUUCGGUCGCGUGCCGCAGGGCCCGGGACUGGCGUGAUCUGCUGGCCCGGCCGGCCGGGGCGCUCGCCUGCCGGGGGCGCGCACCGGACACCCCAGCCUUGCUGGCCGCGAGCCCCCUAACAGCGAGUGCCUAGCAUCGGAGCAGCUGCGCCCACGCUGCCCAGAGCAGGGGGAGCCAGCCAGAGGGGCUCCGGGCGGCCUCCCGUGCGCGCCUCGGGGUCGGGCCGGAGAGGGACCCGGGGUGGCCCGGCUGCCGCCAUCGCUGUGCGCUCCUGCCCCCAGCUCUCGGCUCCUGGAGAGGAGCCCAAGCUCGGUCGACGAUGUCACUCGCCGUCGACGAUGUCACUCGCCCUCGACGCCUCGCUCGGUCCUGGUCCAAAACAGAUGGGGACAGUUCUACACCUCUGCCAGCUCCAGGAAAGGAGAGAGGGACGCUGAGGUCAGAAGUCGUCGCGAACCUCGCUGGCUGCAGAGCCGAACGCGGAGGCUGCGGGGAGCAGGGGGCUCGGCGGCCGCGCUCACACGCGACCCACGCACCCUGGCACGCGCGUGCCGAGCUACCUGCAGACUCCCGCGCAGGGCGGGGCCCACGGGGCCCUGGCUCCCGCGGACGGGGUCGCUGGAGUAGAAGCGCAGCCCGCGGGGCAGAGCCUUCUCUCAGUGUCUGUUUCAUUGAUUUCGGUUCCUUGGGUCGACCAGGCUCCGUCCUCAGUCAAUGAACAGGAUGAAGGCGGGCUGAGCAAAACCAGCAGUACUGAUUUGUACACCGUCCUCUCUCGACAUCUUUUUUUUUUUAUUUAAACUCCCGAAGAAGUGGAGAUGGGCACUGAGACACUGUAGGCAGAGAUUCUGACUAUAAAUUUUGAAACACUGCUCUCUGACUCUGGUAUAUCCAGUCGUGUGAUUUGAGUCCCAUGCCCAGGGUGCUUUCUUGUCCCACUUCCUGCCUGUAUUUUGAAUCACAAACUUUGUCUCUCCUCUUAUCCAGGAUCCUAUUUCAGGACUGCUGAAGAGUACUUAAAUGGAAGUUGACGGUAGACCAUGUAAAAGCAUUACAUUGAUAUGUCACUCAUUUGCUCUAACUUUUCGAAAAACUUAGGAAAAUGUUCAAUAUUUUGAAACUUGAUUCUUUUAAAACCUCCGCCGCAUGAGUAUUGUUAUUUAUCAUUAAAGAUUCAAACGAAUGUACACAUUUAGAACUGUAGGAGGAAAUGCCCUCUGUCCCUGAUUUCAGGAGUGCCUCUUUGCUUUCUAUCCAUGUCGGCUGUAGCAUAAUUCUCUCUUUUACACCAGUGGAGAUUGUAUGCAAAAGCGCUACACAUCGGUGACCAAAUACGAGAUACAUUAGCUUACGUUGUUGGUGACCGUCCCUGGCAUGUUUCGCUCAAAUGAUUUGGAAUAUUCCUCAACCUGAAGGUUUAAAGGUAUGGAUGAGUGAGUUGGCUAAAAUAGGAGAAGCCCAGGCCUGGAAGAAAGGGAAAUGGGAGAGGGGGCCUACUAAGCCUGCACUUGGAAAGCUGAACAAGAAUAUAGGAGAAGUGCAUUUAGAAGAAACUGUAAACAAUGAUAAGCAGGGCUUUCAAAAAUCCUAAAACAGAUUGAAAUAGCUGAUUUAUUAUUUAUUCAUCACUACACAACUCUGCAAAUCUGAGACUAGUGUUUGGAAACCAAGUGUCUUCUAUUUUGUACAUCAAAUCAGCAGAUGAGCCUUCCUUCCAAACUGUGGCUCAAGGGUUAAAGCGUUAAUUUUAGGAAAGAAUCUCAGGAAAUGACAUUAAGAUCUGAUACAUUUCCCUUUUUUUCUGGCAAUAAUAUCCCCCAAAGGAAAAAAAAUACAUACUUAUUGAUAUCGUGAUAAUGUUUCUCAUUCUGAGUACAAGUGUCAGACUGAUUCCUGUUUGUGUAAGUGUUUUUAAAACUGUGAGGACACUUUCGCUAGUAUGAAAGCUGCUGAGCCAAUGGAGGGGAACUUCUUUUAACUACAUAAUAGCAGGUUACAUAGUAAACCAACACUGAUGGUCAAAUAGCCAAUUAUGGUAUAAAUAUCCGUUGUUUACAGAGAGGUGUUAAAUAAGCCUUUGGAGUACAAAGGAUUAGGGCCGUCUAAGCUACAAUUUGUUCCUCAACCCAUUAUGUGUUCCUUUAAAAAGGCCAGUGCCAUUGUAGGUAAUAUGCACACUGAACAUACUUCUCUAUGUUGAUUUUAGUUUGCUUUAUUUCAAUGCACACUGUUGUUUACUUUUUAAAAUUUAAAUAAAUGUCAGCAUUGUAUAAUUUCUAUGUUAACAAAGCAGUGAGCAAAAUCCCUUGUAUGUUUAUAAAAUAUUAUUGUUUAAUUCACAUAGUUUAGAAAUUCCAAAUGUUGAGAAUAGGAAGGAGGCCAAAUACCAUCUGUUUAUAACUAUGAUGCAUCGUAAUAUGUGUACUUUUAAAAGGAGUUUGGUCAAUCAUGCCACUAUUUUAUCUGCUCAGAAUAUGUUGAAGAUUUAAAAUGUAAUUUACAGGAUUAC